AUGUCGUCCUCAACGUCGACGCUCUCCUCGCCAGCCUCGUCGAACGGUUCGCUAAAGCGAUCGGCACCGAACGAUUUGUACAGUGGCACCCCGACCGGUUACUACCAUAAUCAUCACAACCACCACCACCACAAUCGGCAGCAGCUCGUUGCCUCGCCGGACGAACGGACAAUGCGGAUAGCAAACGGUACCGGUACUUCUCCACCACAUCAUCCGCAUAAUAUCGGCCCGGAAUACGGUGGUCCUGCACCACCGUCACUGCCAGGUACGGGUACAACGGUGACCCCAUAUUAUGGUGGAGUUUUGCACGCUGCCAGCAAAGCUUCGGACGAUCUGCUUGUCGGAGCUCAGCGUUACACCUCGCCACCGCCGGCAAAGAAAACCAAAGCCCGCACCCCGCUCAAGAAGCUGAAGAAGAAAUCGUGGCCACGGUAAUUAUGCCAUCGUCGUCGACGUCGAGUAGGUCGAGCGGCCAUCUUUUGAUAGAUGAGCAGCCGUCCAACCGAUUCCCAUCUCUAUCACAAUGGUGAGAUGCGAAUACAGAACCAAACCUCCAAAGCAAUGCUGCGAAAGUACUAGAAGAAACACGGAUCAUCACGAAAGCCUGGUGUAACGGUUUAAAUCUUGAGGAUCUUUAGACGCAUACAAAGUUGUUACUAAUACGCGCUACGCCUACUACUACAUUUUCGCUACUGUUACUAUACUGUUUAAGGGUGUACCUAUUAAGAGCGUUUACGUCCAACUCUUGGCCGGGGACAAUGGAAAAACAAAACCGAGAAAAACUAUUGCCUUAUGAGAAAAGUAUCGUAGGAAGAGUGGAAAAAGAGAGAAUGAAUGCAAGCUUAUCAAGUGAGGAAUUUGAGUGAAGGUUAGCGAAUUUCGAGAAGACCAUUGAGCACUUUAAGACAAGUUGAUGUCAAGGUGAUACGAACUAUCAAACUUGUUCGAUCGCUUUAAUCAGACGAGAACCAUCAAACACACGCCACCACAUCAUGCAUAGCACUGCAUUAUAGUGAGCGGUGCUAUAAGGGUGCCUAUCGUACCGUAUUUCAAUGUGUGUACAGUGUUUAGCAUAAGAAUUUAGUUAAAGCGUUUCCGAUUUAUUUUUAAUUGUCGUAUAUUUCCGGCAUCCCGGGCAGCUGUUAUGAUGCGGAUUGAACGAGGGUGAGUGACGAUAGAGAAAAGAAGGCAAAUGGAGAGAACAGCUUUUUUUAAACAAAUUUCUGCGUGUGAUACUGGAAGCAUUACUUCUGGCCUUUCCUGUUUGACAAACGAUUCGCUUUCCUCAUCUUCUGGUCUAGGAAGUUGUUUUAGUUUUUUGUUGCUAACGGAUUCCAACUGCUGUAUUUCGGUGGAAUAGGCAUGCGUCUGCUUUCGAACGGAAUUGUUCCAUGCAUCUCUGUUGCUCUGUUUGUAGUGUAGAAUCGACGGAAAGACUAGUACCGGAUUCGAACGAAGGAAGUUAGCGUUUGUUACACAACAUUCGCACACUCGCAUGUGUGUUGAUUCUGUUACGUUGUUUUGACGAUUGUGCCAGAUAAAGCUGUACUUUUGUUCAUUGACACACGGUAGCAAGCCAAGCUUGCUAAUCAUGCCGUCGAUCGGCAUGGGUCCAUAACGUGUCACGACUAUCGAAGCCUAGCUUGCGACCAACACCAUCAUACACACGGCACUGAUUGUCCAGUACUACACCAAAAGCAAAUGGCCAUCCCAUGCAAGGCUAUUAGGAAAGGGGAAAUGAGAGAGAAAGAUAGAAUGUAUGAUUCGUUAUGCUUUGUUGUAGCUCGUGCUUUACUUCCUCAAUCUGUGAAAAACAGACACCGCAGAAGUCCGCAUUACUAUCAAUGUCCGCAAAGAAAAUGGGGAUAGGAAGGAGCAGGAGCACAGUAACUAAUACCUAUUAGUUGAAAGAUAAAAAUGGUUAAACUAGGUGUUAUCUAGGGUUUUUGUUUAACAUGGCUUUUGUGGUUGUGGAUCAUUUCCAUAUUAAGAAACUACCACCAUCUUGUAGGCUAGGUUUAAAGAUACAAUUCCUUUAUCGCUUCAAAUGAUGCUAAGCAAUCAGGGAGAGAAAGGUAGAAAAAGGCGAAUGGCAAAGGCAGCAGCAGCGAAUGGCCGGAUUUUCGUAGUCAACAACGUCGCCAAAAUUGCAUUUUUAUUUGUUUGAUUUUUGUUUACAUCGGCUGCGUUUUCGUUAAAGUCCUGUUGCGUUUCACUUUUGUUUUGUUCUUUUAACGGUAUGUAGCAAAGAAUGAAGAAGAGAAAUACAGUUUCGAUCAAAGAAAUCCGUUUCAAAACGGGAUCAUCUAUGUCAGCCCAGUUUUACAGGUUCGACCCAUGCUCUGCAAAUAGGUGGAACAAGUGCUUGCUAGUGCGGCUCAACUACCAAAAAUUACUCUUGACGAGACGCGCCCGUGUGCUGUACGUUAACAAUAAUGCUAGAACCGCCAUCGAACGUCCCUCCUUCGGGAAGGGGGCAGGACUUUCAAACAAGCAGCGUAAGCAAGCUUACGCGUAAGGACUUUCACACUCUAGAUACACCAUCUAUCUCACACAUAAACACACACACACACCCAUACACAGACACAAAAAGGCUGUAGUGCGAUAAUCGCGUUCGAUGCCAUUGAUAUGCGCAAAAGCCUCAUGUGGGUGCAGGUUGUCCCCGUUUGAGUUUUUGUCAGAAUUCCUCCUGGUAGUUAUGUAUAAGUCCGUUUAGCCGUUAGCAGAGGGUGCGUGUUACAUUGUUAAACAUGAUUUCAGUACAGUUAUCGUUAAGUACCGAUAUUGAAGCAACAAAUUCUUCUCUAGUGUAUUGCUACAUUUAUUAAUGCCUUAGAAUUGAUGUUUAAGUUUGCAUCUACCGGCUCUUCUAGUUGUAAUUCAAGACCACACCCAUGGAAGCAAUGGCAAGAUGAGAGAUGAUACGCUGUAGAAAGAGAAUUCUGAAUUCACGCGAUUGAUAACUUCGGUUGGAGUAAUAUGUAUGAAAGCAAUCAAAUGAAAUGCGAGGAACGUUCGAAAGAACACAACCAGCCUACGCUCAACUGCAGCGUCUUACACCAACUUGUAGCUUACACAGUGCUGCACUGGAAAAAUCCUAAAAUGGAAUGCAAAUCUAGCCUUUUGACGGUGGAACUUAGACAAAUUUAUGUAAACGUUUAUAUUACUAGACCUUAUGCUUCACAGAAACCCAGCCAGCCUCUCUUUUAUCGAGGCUUCAUUCAAUAAGCAUAUAGCGGAUCUUUUCAAAAGUUGUUUGUCUUUAAUUUUGAAAUAUCGCAUUUCCUAGGUGUGUCAGAAUCGAACAUUAUUAUUAUCAUUAUUAUUAUUAUUAUUAUUUGGUUUAUUUACUUUCUCCUUAUUGGUUCCUUCUUUUAAUUGUGUGUAUCGUUCCCUUUCGCAGACGAGAGAGAGCACUGUAGCAUAGAAGCAGUGUUACGAUUCCCGGUCAAAUAAGCUCUAUCCUAUUAAGUUACUAGGCCUGUUUGUCCAUAAUUCGGAAAGUUUUUGUGUACUAUGGAAACUAUUCUAAUGAUAUUUAAUAGCAAACAUUCAUUUUCAUGAUAUGAACAUUAAA